AUGUUCUUCUUCAACAUCACAUCAAUAAACACCACCACAAGUCAUUCCUAUCAUGAGCACAACACCACCCGUAUCCACAAUCAUCACUUUCAUCACCGCCCUGGUUUCGCAGGCUUCGCUAAUAAACAUUUGAACGGCACAAACGUCAGUGACGAAAAAUUACCUUUGACCUUUGUGGCUUUGCCCCUUCUUUUUGUGCCAGUACUGACAGUGUUCGGCAACGUGUUGGUGGUGCUGAGUGUGUUCACAGACAGAAAUCUUCAGUCCGUCACCAACUACUUCAUCGUGUCGCUUGCCGUGGCCGACAUCAUGGUGGCCAUCUUCGUCAUGCCGCUGGCUGUCUACGUUGAGGUGAACAACUCGGUGUGGAUGUUGGGUGAUGGCUUGUGUGACGUGUGGGUGGCCCUGGAUGUCCUCUGCUGCACCGCCUCCAUCCUCAACCUCACCGCUAUCAGCUUCGACAGAUACUUUGCUGUGACAUAUCCCAUUAAAUAUGCUCGACAUAAAAAUUCCAAACGUGUCUACAUAAUGGUCGGUCUGACCUGGGUCAUAUCAGUCGCCAUCUCGUCACCAAUAGUUUUCGGCGCCAAUUACACCGAGAGACGCAACCAAACGAAACAUCUUUGUACAUUUUACAACUCCGACUUUUUGAUUUAUUCAUCCAUGGGAUCUUUCUACAUUCCAUGCAUUUUAAUGAUUUUUUUGUAUGGUAGAAUAUUCAACGCCAUCAGAAUACGAGCUAAAAAAGCGGCUGCUCAAAAAAGGGUCAAAACAACAAACUGUCGAGUUUGGUCGUUGGCCGAUACCCGGACUAAUGCAGCAAAUGUUAAGAUAAUUGAUGUCUCAGAGCCUCCAGUUGAAAGAAAAACAAAAGGCGUAGAAAUGAACAAAAGCCAACUGGUGAACACUGAAAAGCAAUCUGGCGUAUUAAACGUUAACGAGAUCGACAACGUUGGAAACAACGUAGCACUUACUCCUGCUUUUGAAGAUCCAGUUUUAACGAGCAGUGUCAAUUCCGUUCAAUGUAUUUACACCGAUCCCGAUAUCAAAUGUCCUAAGAUACAAGGUUCUAAGGCCCUGUCGGAUCAAGAGUGCAGAAAUCGCGAUAAAAUUGAUUUGAAAACAAUUCACACAUUCCACUUUAGAUUUAAAAAAACAAAAGCGAAAAAAAAUAUAAAAAAUGAAAAAAAGAUGCAGAGUUCACAGAGAAGAGAGAGGAAAGCCACGAAAACGUUGGCUAUAGUUUUGGGUGUGUUUUUGUUCUGCUGGGUGCCAUUUUUUACAAUCAACAUUAUGAAUGCAAUCUGCAUACGAUAUGAUCUGAUCGGUGGAGUCUGUGAAUUAGAUCCUAAAUUAUUUUCCUUUUUCGUUUGGUUGGGGUAUAUGAACAGUUUCAUCAAUCCAGUUAUAUACACAAUAUUUAACGCUGAAUUUAGAAAAGCCUUCAAAAAAUUAUUAAAAUGUUUUUCUAAAUGA